AUGUCUGAAGUUGGAUCAGCAGGAACCGAGCUGGUGUCGGUGGACUUUGAGAUCUCCGGUCACGUUCAAGGAGUCUGUUUCAGAAUGUACACAGAGGAGCAGGGUCUGCAGCUCGGCCUGGUCGGCUGGGUGAGGAACACCUACCAUGGGACGGUGGAGGGACAGGUGCAGGGUCCCGCUAACAAGGUGGACGAGAUGAAGGUAUGGUUGAGUAAAAAAGGAAGUCCAUCCAGUCGGAUCACCAAAGCCUCCUUCACAGACCAGAGAGCCAUCGACAAGCUGGAGCUCUCUGGCUUCAAGACCCGCUUCUGAUCAACGAAUCAAACGUACCCGAAAGACCUUCG